AUGUCAAAACCGAACGUUCUAGUCCUUGGAGGAUGUGGUUUUAUUGGAAGAAGCUUGGUUGAAUAUCUCGUAAGCAAUGACCUUGCAUCGCGCAUAAAAGUAGUAGACAAAACACCACCACUUAUGGCCUGGCUUAAUACCAAACAUUCAGAUGCAUUUGCUGAUGAGCGGGUGGAGUUUGCAAGUGCGAAUUUAUUAAAUCCAGCGUCUUGUCAAAAUGCCUUCCGCAUGGAUGGAUGCGGCGAAGACGGUUGUUGGGAUUAUGUGAUAAAUUGUGCUGCUGAAACAAAACCCGGCCAAACGGACCCGGUGUAUCAGGAAGGAAUACUAAAGUUAAGUUUGAAUUGUGCAACUGAGGCUGUGAAGCAUAGAGCUAAGCGUUACAUCGAACUGAGCACCGGCAGCAUGCAUUCCGAUGAGACAGAACCACAGAAAGAAGACUGCCCCGUCGAACCUUGGACGAUGGUUGGAAAGUAUAAGGCAAAAGUAGAGCAGGCACUAACUACCGUAAAAGAUUUGCCAUAUACCAUUCUUAGAAUUCCAAUUUGCUACGGAGUUGGCGACAGAAAGGGAUUGACUCCUCGCAUUAUUAUAGCGGGAAUUUACAAACAUCUUGGCGAAACUAUGAAAUUACUAUGGACUGGAUCAAUGAAGAUGAACGUAGUUCAUGUGGAUGAUGUGUGUGGAAGCAUUUGGGAGGUUUUACAAACUGAUCGUGCCUUGCAUGAUACCAUUAACAUUUGUGAUGAUAGUAAUGCCACCCAGGGCAUGAUCAGUGGGCUUUUAGCUGAUAUGUUCGGUAUUCAAAUAGACUACUGGGGCGUGACAAUGUCCAACAUGACGAAACUCGAUAUGGCGGGAGCGAUCGAAGAAAUCAACGAUCGUCACCUUGGACCAUGGGCAGAAUUGUGUCAGCGGGAUGGAGUACAGAAUACCCCACUGACGCCGUACAUGGACCAGGAGUUGUUGCUUCAUAAGCAUUUACACUUAAGCAACGACAAGCUUAAGUCCUACGGGUAUAAGCUGCGACAUCCUCAAAUUACUCGAGAGUUAUUAGAAGAAAUAGUUCAUGAUUUUGUUGCAAUGAAUCAUUUUCCUCGAGCUUUGCUCGCUUGA